CGUCCGGUUCCCUCCCGAGAAGAUAGGUUAUGAGUAAGUGCAUUGCGUACUUAUAUUUCAUAAGGCAGUCAGGCCCUCUCAGCAACAUAACCGAACAAACUUGUACAAACUCCUUUCUUUUUCCUCCCCAAAAACCAUUUUCUGUUUCGCUGCCACUUUGCUGAAAGAAGCUUAGCUUUCAACUAAUUGCAACAAUGCCGGGGAUUGUCCCUGAGCCCGACUCUCUAGAGCAACUCCAAUCCGUUGAGCAAAUCGAAUUACUAGACGCCAUUGACAACCUUAGGAGUCAAGGUGUCAAUCAAUACGAGAUCAGUCUUCCACAAUUGAUCGUCUGUGGUGACCAAUCAUCCGGAAAGAGUUCUGUCUUGGAAGGUCUUACACACCUUCGCUUUCCCACGAAAGAGGGCCUCUGCACGACCUUCGCUACCGAGGUCGUCCUCAGAAAAGACACUGAAAUCAAAAUCACCUGCUCGAUCAACCCAGCGAAGAAUCGAACCCCAGCACAACAACACGAACUCGCCAAGUUUCAGAAAUCCUUCUCUGCCCGGGAAGACUUCGACUUCUCUGCCCUCGUAGAGAAGGCCCGCAAAUGCAUGGGAUUUGGUGAUAAUCCAGAAACUCCUCUGCAUUUUGAUGAUGUUCUGCGAAUUCAUUUCGCAGCUCCUGAUCUGCCAUCGCUUACGAUAGUCGACCUUCCCGGUGUCAUACAGUCACAGGUUGGUGGCCAAAAAGUGAAAGGCGAUCAACGCCAGGUUGCGGAAAGAGUCAAGAAACUUGUCGCAGGUUACAUGAGUGACAAUAAAUCAAUCAUCCUCGCAGUUGUAUCGGCUCGAAGUGACCCUGAGGUACAGGCAAUCAUUGGCUUCAUCGAAGAAUUCGACCCGAAAGCUGAGCGAACACUCGGAAUUAUUACCAAACCGGAUACGCUGUAUGUUGGAUUACCAACCGAGGCGCGAUUCGUCAAGCUGCUCAAGAAUGAGCUUACACGUCUUCAACUGGGCUGGCACGCGGUCAAGAAUCGGAGCCCUCCUGAGAGCAAACACUCCAAUGCUGAGCGCGAUCAGUCUGAGAGAGACUUUUUCAACUCGGGCAUUUGGGCAACAGUACCGCGGAGUGAUGUCGGUAUUGACGCUCUACGAUCAAGGCUCUCUAGUAUACUGCUACGACACAUUCGAAAUGAGCUGCCUUCGCUGGUCAACGCUAUUGAAAACGCUGUCUCAAAUACUGAUGCUCGCCUGAAGGCUCUUGGUGAUGCGCGAGAGUCUCAACAACAACAAAGAAUCUAUCUCACACAGAAGGCUGAACGGUUUCAAUUCAUAAUCAGUCACGCAGUGAAUGGAACCAGGCCCCCGAGCAAAGAGCAGAUCAAUGAAAUGAGCCUACGUUCGGAGAUCCAAAAUCUCGGCAUGGCUUUCGCAGACGUGAUGCGACUUAAAGGGCAUACCUGGAAUAUCAUUGAAGACGGGAUAGACGAGAAUGCUGUGUCUUUGAAGGAUCCUUCGACCGAGCUCGCAAGCUACGAUGCGGCAAUAGCGGAUCCACAAUACAUCAGUAGAGGCGAGUUUCUACAGGACGUCAUCGGCAUGCAUGUUCGCAACAAUCGCAUGAUUGGUCUCGAUGCGAUCCUGAACCCAUGGGUCAUAGGUGGCGUUUUUCGACAAUACUCAGAGCCUUGGGAGCACAUAGCUCGGAUGCAUCUCAAGCGGGUUUUCGAAGCUGUCGAAGCCUAUGUUGAAGAUACUUUACAAUCCCUAACUGAUGAUUGGACAUACCAAAGGCUCAUGUAUGAGCAGGUUGGACCUCAUCUUCACAAGAAACGAGAAGAGCUCUCGGAAAAACUAGAAGAAUUACUUAUUCCUUAUCAACAUCGAGAACCGUCAACACACGAUCCGCGAUUUUCAAGAACAAUUCGCGAGUUGCGGCAGCGCCGAGGGCUUCAAGAAACGAAACCACAACCUGACGUGCCGUUCUCUUUCGGAAAACCAAUCAGGCCGAGAUCGGAGUCUUUCUUGACACAGUCUGCGGAUGAUCCGACAAAUGAAGACAUUAUGAAUUUGAUGCAAGCUUAUUAUAGUUCGGCAAUCACAGUCUUCAUUGACAAUGUGUCUCUACUUGCAGUUGAAAACUGUCUUGUGCACGACCUCGCCUCGUUAUUUUCACCAACAUUGGUAUCGGGGAUGAGCAACGAACAAUUAGAGGCUAUUGCAUCAGAAUCCAAGGAAAUAACAGAAGAACGUGCUGCUUUGCGCCAGAAGCUCCGAGACUUGGAAGCAGGCAGGCGUAUUUUGAGCAAACAGGCUUGUCAGGUCUCCAAGCCUUCCCAACUGCGACCUCCGACUUCGACGCCUCGGACAAGGUCACACCUACACCUAUCCUCCGAAUCUCGUUCUACUAGAGACCAUACCCCAACUCCCUCACAACAUAAUAACCAGCGCAAAGACACUAGCGAUGAUCUCAUCUCCGGUUUUGGUCGCAUCUCCAUCAGUCCGCCGAGAACUCAACGUGCGGGUGCUUCCUCCGCCAGAUCCACACCGAGACGAACUACUCCUAGCAACUCUGCCAACAAUGUGUUCACUACUAUGCAAGCUUCCCCGACCGUCACUGAGUCGGAAACUGAUGAUGAACGAGGGCCGUGGUUAGAUGAGCAGUGGAGGAAGAACCAGCCCCCACCGAUUCGCACGUCUUGAGGGAGUGUUUCCACGAUUAUAAGCUCGCUGCAGUUCAAUUCAGUGGAUGAAUCCCAUGUGAUGGAUUUAUUUGUCUUAUAUUAUCGCGGUCCGCCAAAUUCAUGUCUAUUUUUUGUUCUAGCUUUGCCAUAACUCAUGGUCUCUUCAAUUUUGCCGGAUUAUGCUGUGACGCUUUCAUAAAAGCGUGUAACAGAAAAUCUCAUUCACGUGAAUCUAGCUUCUCGAGUAUGUCUAAGGACCUAUUUAUCUUUUACAGAAGUGUGAAAGAGGCGCAGGUUACGUUUCUCCCCAAGCCGUGUGAUUGCACCUGUGUAUAAUAAAUCGAACGUGUUGGUUACUAGUGGAGGCAGAAGCGAUGGCUUGAUGUGAUCUACAUUUUCCAAUUUAGGUACUACCGACGAUCACCGAUCCCGACGUGCCUGCAUAUCAUUCUACCGAACGGUUCAAUACAGUAGCUGGGUCUUGGUCAUACUGUGGGG